AUGCUCAACCCAGGACUUCAACACUGUUUAAGCAACGAGGCAGAGUUGCUAAAUUUUCUUGAAAUCGUGAAUUCUGACUCCACCGAUAUUACUGCGUUUAAAAUUCAAGACGAAUUGGAGAAUAAUCUUGUUAAAUACCUGCAGCACUUUUCAUUUUUUAUCGAGGUUAAAAAACAAUGCGCGGGAAAUCCACCUGUUCAAAACGUCGACCUCACAAGCCCCGAUUGGAAGGCCGAAGUUGCCGAGUUCCUCUGGGACGCCACCGAGCAAGCAGUGCGCAAUUAUUCACGCGCACAUCAAAGUCGAACGGCAGCCGAAAUCUGGACGUUGAGUGAUGCACGCGACGAGUCAGUUUUUAAUAAACUGAGGAUGGAGCAGCAGCAGAGUUACGUCAGAAUGGAGCAGUUGAUUGAGCAGUUUAUGGUGCCGGAGAGGCUUUUUGGAGAACACCUGGGACAGACUUGUCUUAUGGGAAGCAGCGAGAACUGCUGGAAUGGUCAUAAGUUCACAGAUGAAUACGAACGCGUUGCGGAUUUCACGCGAAUCGGCCAAAUGACAAACCCCGCAGUAAAGGUGACCAACGCUGAAUUGGGGUAUUUUUCAACUCGACUGGGCGCCAAAAUGUCAGCCCGAAGCCAGGCGAUACGCACACUUCUGCACAAAAUUCGUCGACGAUCGACGGGUGAGGAGGAGUUCCUGCCAAUGCCCGUCCAGCCGUCAUCCCAUUUAAAGCACUUUACGGAAGAGGACGACAACUUGACCUUCCAUCCCAUUGCCCCACCGAUCGAUAUUGAUGAUGAGGGGUUACAGGCAAAUUAUCUGUACGAGGAGAGCAGCGGUCUCCCGAUUGAGUAUGGUGGUGAAUGGAAUAGCCUGCUGCCAGACCAUCCAGGGACCCUCGGAAAUUUCACUUUUGGCAGUUUGGAUGAAGCCUCGAGAGGCAAGCACUUUUUGUUCAAAAUAUCUUUACCGAAGGUCAUAAAUUUUGGGGAUCAAACGGCUUGA